CCUCAGUCCCUCGCAACGACCUUCGCAGGUCACACGGUCUUUCCUCCCCGUCAGUCUCGGUUUCUUGGCGGCUUUCUUUGCGUACAUCGUUCUCUGCUUAAACCUCUGUCUGCCAUCUGUGGUAGUAUUUGCCUAUUUGCAGAGCUAUUUGGUACUACUUGCAAGCAUCAACCAAGCCUAUUUCUGGAUUAUUUUCUGCAGCCACUUAGAGCUUAGAUUCUGUUUCUCGUGCUUGCUAUAUAAGCAGGCAAAGCUUUUUCCCCUCGCCAUCAACCUUCUCCUCCACUGCAACCAACUUCCAGGCUUCUAUCAUUUCCUCCCUGUCAGUCUCGCUGUGACACACUUGCCUCAUCGAUCGAUGCGUCGGCCGCACGAGCAUCGGCCUAGACUGGCGUCUCGUCUCGCUCUACUGCUGGCCUGCUGGCUCGCCGUGCUCGCUCGUACCCGCGCUGCCGGCGGCGUUGGCAUGCCGGCGAACUUCAUCUUCGGCGACUCGCUCGUCGACGCCGGCAACAACAACUACAUCGUGUCCCUGUCCAAGGCCAACUACCCCCCGAACGGCAUCGACUUCUUCGGCCACCAGCCCACCGGCCGGUACACGAACGGCCGGACCAUCAUCGACAUUCUAGGGCAAGAGAUGGGACUGGGAGGGCUCGUGCCGCCGUACAUGGCCCCGGAGACCACGGGCGACGCCGUGAUGAGAGGCGUCAACUACGCGUCCGGCGGCGGAGGCAUCCUCAACCAAACCGGCAGUAUCUUCGGUGGGCGCCUGAACCUGGACGCCCAGAUCGACAACUACGCCAACAGCCGGCACGACCUGAUCGCGCGGCACGGGGAGGUGGAGGCGGUGAGCCUGCUGCGGGGCGCGCUCUUCUCGGUCACCAUGGGCUCCAACGACUUCAUCAACAACUACCUCACGCCCAUCUUCUCCGUGCCGCAGCGCGUCACCACGCCGCCGGUCGCCUUCAUCAGCGCCAUGAUCGCCAAGUAUCGCCAGCAGCUCACCAGGCUGUACCUCCUGGACGCCCGCAAGAUCGUGGUGGUGAACGUGGGGCCGAUCGGCUGCAUCCCGUACCAGAGGGACACGAACCCGUCGGCCGGCACGGCCUGCGCCGAGUUCCCGAACCAGCUGGCGCAGGCCUUCAACCGGCGGCUCAGGGCCCUGGUGGACGAGCUGGGCGCCGCCCUCCCGGGCUCGCGCAUCGUCUACGCCGACGUCUACCACAUCUUCUCCGACAUCAUCGCCAACUACACAGCCCACGGGUUCGAGGUGGCGGACUCGGCGUGCUGCUACGUGGGCGGGCGGUUCGGCGGGCUGGUGCCGUGCGGGCCGACGUCGCAGUACUGCGCGGACAGGUCCAAGUACGUGUUCUGGGACCCCUACCACCCCAGCGAGGCCGCCAACGCGCUCAUCGCCCGCCGGAUCCUCGACGGCGGACCCGAGGACAUCUCGCCGGUCAACGUGCGCCAGCUCAUCGCCACCUGAACGCAACCGGUGGAUGGAUCACCCAGCCGGCGGAGUAAUUUGGAUUCAUUUUUUUGCGGUGAUUGGACCCUUCUUCGGUGUAACAUCAUUUUCCGUGCUUAGCUAGGUAGGAGAAAUGUAUGAUGGUUGAUGGUAUCUCGUGCGCGUCGUUUUAGCUCGUUUAGGAGUAUUUCUGCUCGUUCUAGUUUUCCAUUUGACCUCUUCUUGCGACGUGAACUCGUGACAUGUUUGGCUGUUACAACCAAUAAAAAAAAGUGUCUAGAUGAUUUGAGGUAUGAAA